AUGGGUGCUUCUACGCGUUCAUCGCAUCCAAAACGCCCUGAAGGUCCCGUCAAGAUCCCCGGAGUUCUCUCCCAAACUAUCUCUCUUAGCCCUGUGAUUAGAUGGAUUCUACCAGCUCGCAUUCGGAACAAUAAUCGCAAUGAUGUCGUAUUUGUCAGUGAGGGUCGAGUUCAAAUCAAGCAAGCUUUGCCUGGUGGAUACCUGCAGGGUGUGAUGGAGAAGACCGAUUUCCGGGGCCCCAUAAUCGCAGCGAAAGUUCUCAACGUGGGCACCGAACUUUCCUUGGAGACUCAAAUCCAAACAGGUGAUGCCUAUGACGGCCCUUCACAGAUCCUCGUUCUUUCAAUCGAUAUGAAAGAACUUUUGUUUCUGUACUGUUCGCCCUCAAAUAAGGGUGAAUUCGUGACUUUUCGUCGACCGUUGCCGGUUGAUAUUGGCCUGCCACUGAGAUUUGGUAGGCAUAUUGCAGUGGAUCCCAAAUCUCGUGCUGUCGCAGUCAGUGCGUCAAAUGACUUCUUUGGAUUUCUCAGGCUCAAAUCUCCCCAUGAUCUUCACAUGCAGAUGUAUCAGAACAUCUUAGAUCCAAUCAGCCAGGAACGUUUCUACCGAAUUGAUGGCAAUAUUCAAUUCAUGGAAUUUCUCUACCCCAAUACCGUCAAUGAUAACAGGAUCAUGUUGCUCCUGAUUGUCCAGCAAGAUGGAGUCGUAAAAGCUGUGACUUAUACAUGGAGAGAAAACCAAGGCCAGAAGCCAGAAAUAGCGGAAUUUAAACUCCGUAAGAAGGACACUCUGCCAACUAUGGUUGUUCCACUGACCAAGGAAUGCUCCUUCCUACUCGUCACCACCACUUCUAUGACAGUCUACUUAUCGGAUGCUUCAUCUGAUGAUUUCUCUCGCUCCACAAAAUAUCCCCUCAUUGCACCAAGUGCUGAUAUCAGCGAGGCUGCGAUGUGGACGCGCUGGGCAAGACCGGCACGCAAUUGGAUGUAUAGCCAGCAACAUGACGGAAUUUAUCUUUGUCGCGAGGACGGUUGGAUUUAUUACCUUGAGUUCGGCACCAAAGGUGAACUAGAAAGUCAAGAUUCUUUGGGUCAGCUCAACUGUGAUGUUGACACAGCGUUUGACGUCCUUGACAUGGGGUACGAAGGUGGUGAUUUCAUCCUAGCUGCAGGAAGCAUGGGAGAAGGUGGACUUUUCGUCCAAGAAGCGCGAGACCAGCCGAGAUGCGUCCAGAGAUUCAUCAACUGGGCUCCUAUCAGAGAUGCUGUCAUGAUCUCGUCGGACUUGCAAAGCAAUUCUCACGGUGGUAUCUCUCGAAAUCGCUUAUUCGCCUGUUCAGUCGCCUCAUCUGGGCAUACUGAAUCUUCGAGUCACGGAGCUCUCCACGAGUUCCGCUAUGGUAUUGAGGCUCAACUUGGAAUUACAGUACCCCUUGAUGAUCUUCCCAAUAUUCGAGAUAUGUGGAUCAUGUCUGACGACUCCAAUGGUGGAACUUACGUCCUGCUAUCCGACCAUUCAUCGACCUUGCUGCUCUUCAUUAAUUCGGAGGAAGAGGGUAUUAGUGCUCUUGACGAAGACUUGACAGGACUAGGUACUGAGCAGACGAUAGCAGCAGGUUGCACUUUCGAAGGCGUUAUUGUUCAGAUCUCUGGAAAGGCCACUCACCUAUUUGUUCCUCAUUCAACCUGUUUGAACGCCUGCAUUCCCCAUGAUUCAAGUACUUCAAUCCUUGCAGUGGCAUUUGGUGACUCAAGCUCGGUUAUAGCUACUGCUGUCCGCCGUGAUGACAACCUAUACCUUUACCUCAGCCAGAUUGUUGCCACUGAUGACAAUAUCCGUCUGGAAGUUGGUCAACCGACAAAUAUCAACAAAGAUCCUGUUUGCCUAUCUCUGCAGAAGUUCGGCGCUAUGUCAUUCAUCUUUGCAGGGAAUGUUGACGGCACAAUCUCAGUAUUCGUGCUUGAAAACGAGACCCUUAAUUUUCUUUUUGAGACAUCUAUUUUAAAUACAGAUGCUGAUCUCUCAAAAGUGAUCGAAAGCUUCGCGGUCAUUCGCACUACCACGCCAAAUGGUUCCUUGAGGGCUUUUUUGCUCUGUGGUCUGCGGAGUGGAGUUCUCGUGUCAUAUGAAAUCGACUUCAAUGCUGAUGAUCUGAUUGGACUGCAACAAAGAGAUACAAAUCGAAUUGGGACGACAUCUAUCCAACUUCAGGGUCAGACUUCUUUUGCUCUUUUUACAUGCAACGAUGAGCUUUGGCACGUUUCGUACAAUUACGAUUGCAUCCCCUCUAAUUACUCUAUACGGCGAGUUUGGAUCACCGACCAGAAUAAUCCCGCGUGGUUCCCGAUGACUCUUCAUGGCUUCGGGCUGAUUAGCCAGCAAGGUCCUGAAUCAAGGUCCUCUCUAGGACAUCUUUUCUGCUUUGCAGAUCAGCAACUUCUCAUAUGCUCACUGAAUCGAGAAGCAAAAAUGGUCCCGCGACGGAUUGAACUGCCGGGAAGGCCGAAAAGGUUGAUCUAUUCGCCUAUCCUACGGUCUCUCAUUGUAUCUUACGAUAUCAUUCAAGUCGCGGACCCAGAAGAAGCUGUUUUCGCAUGCAUGCAAAGGUCAUACAUUGAGUUUAUUGACCCUGAUUCGCAGCAGGCUGUGGUGCAUCGAGACAGAGCUAAGAUGGAUGGCACUGAACCGUGGAGACCUGAGUCAGGACGUGGCGAGUCAAUCAACUGUAUUUUAGACUGGGUUUUUGAAAGAGACGGCCAAACUUAUCACAUGGUGGCAAUCGGCACCUCACUCACCCCAAGUUCUCAUGGCAGAUUAAUUCUUCUAUCCCCACGACGGGAUUUAACAGACCCUUCACGUGUCAAUUGCGUUACUCAAUACACCCGGCGACUUGACGGACCUGUGCGUGCGAUGGCAGCAUAUCGAGAUAGUGUUCUCAUCGGAGCUGGGAACCUACUAAUACCAGUGUCGGCCAAAAAUGCAUCUACGAAGUGGCGUCGAAGUGCCGUGGGUACGCUUACCUCCGCUGUCGUCUCGAUAUCUAUCCAUGAUAAUAUUGUCUUUGUCAUGACCGCCCGAAACUCGUGGACAAUUUUUGAAGUUAUUCAUGAAUCUGGGAGCGAGGGCGCUGAUCUGAAAGCACGAAGCUGGGAUGCAAUGGCCCGUGAUGGGUUGGCUCAUUUCGUACGUCCUGGAGUUCCACCAGUGGUUUUCAUGAGCCAUCGAGGUGGAAGAGUCAGUGUCGCGAGACUGCAGGAUAAGAAUCAAAGCUGGACUGAUUUGAACCUUGAAAAGUCUUUGAGAGAAGCCAACCUUCCUGAGUCGGUUCUACGAUUUGUCUCUGGAUCCAAGCAAACAGACUCCAUGUAUGGCUUCAGCGUACAUGGAUCCAUCUACAGAUUCCUUCUACCCACUGAAGAUGAGACAAAACUACUCCAACUACUGCAGAACAUAUGCUGCAAGGACGAAUCCAUUUGUCCGUCUUUGUCAAAAGCUGCGGGGCGAAAGAAUCCGCUUUCUCUAGACAACUAUCAUAUUGAUGGUGAUCUACUUGCUCGUCUUGCUCAUCGUGGCCCUGAAUACCUCGAGCGGCUGAUUGAGUCAUUGGGAUCUAGUCCUACAGCCAACCCAGCUCAUCAGCUAUUCAACGAACUUGCCCUUAAUUUGUUAGGGCAGACAUCGACUGAAUCUGUUAUAGCCUGGAUGCGGAAACUUCUAGAAGUUGCUGUCUGA